AUGUCGCAAAAGAGCAUCUACAAAGGCGACAUUGAUUUUGCCACUUUGGCACUCCAGGAUAGAGAUUUUGCAAAAGUCCUGAAACCAAACGGACAGCUCGAUUUCAGCAAUCCAGAGUCUGUCCAGCAACUUACAAAGUCCCUCUUAAGGCGCGAUUUUGGCUUGGAGAUCACGUUACCUCCUGACCGGCUGUGCCCUCCUGUCCCGAAUCGACUGAAUUAUAUACUCUGGAUUCAGAGUCUGCUGGAUAGCACGAGUGACAGCUACACCGAUAGAUAUGAUCCCGAGCGAGAAGUUCUCGGUCUCGACGUCGGCACCGGCGCGAGCUGUAUCUAUCCGCUGUUAGGAUGUUCUCAACGUCCGAACUGGAGAUUUGCUGGCACAGAUACCGAUGACAGGAGUUUCCAAUUCGCCAAGAAAAAUGUCCAGGACAACGGCCUCCAGACCCGAAUCAAGCUCCUCCAGACCCAGCCCGAUGGCCUACUUCUCCCUCUAGACCAGAUGGGUUUCGAUUCUAUCGACUUCACCAUGUGCAACCCCCCCUUCUAUACAUCCACCACCGAACUCCUCGCCUCGGCCGCCUCAAAGCAACGGCCCCCCUUUACAGCCUGCACGGGCUCCGAAUCCGAGAUGGUCACUCCCGGCGGCGAAGUCACCUUUGCGUCCCGCAUGAUAGACGAAAGUCUCGUGCUCAAGGACCGCGUGCAGUGGUAUACGUCUAUGCUUGGGAAGUUCUCAAGUAUUGAGGUGCUAGUGAAGAAGCUGCAAGGCAGUGGAGUUGAUAAUUAUGCCGUGACGGAGUUUGUACAGGGGAGUAAGACGAGGAGGUGGGCUAUUGGAUGGAGUUUUGAGGAUCUUAGGCCAGGUAUGGGUAUCGCGAGGGGGGUAGGGACUUUGCAGAAGGGCUUGUUGCCUUUUCCGGGGGAUUAUGUGAUUACGUCAAGGAGCAAUCAGGCAGAUGUUGGGCAGAAAAUCAACACUAUCCUGGGCCAGCUGCCUAUGAAGUGGAGGUGGAAAUCUACAAUCUACACUGGCAUUGGGUUCAGCGGAAAGGCUGUCUGGUCUCGUGCUGCCCGUCGACAUGUUACGAAGAGUCAAGACGCAGCGAUGGAGGACGACAGCGAUGAAGAGGAAAUGGCAUUUGGGUGCAAAGUCCAGGUCGAAGCCAAUGCAGGAGGCGUGGGUGGAUCGAAAAUCACGAUCAGGUGGCUCAAGGGACACGAUAGUGUCCUCUUCGAAAGCUUCUGCGGCAUGCUGAAGAGGAAGAUCGAGGAAGAGGUGAAGUGA